CUCUGCCAAAGUCUAGAGUAGUCACCAACUCUGCAAGAGGAGGAAAAUGUCUUCUAAACCGAUCAGUGUGUUAAUAACAGGAGCCAACAGAGGCCUGGGUCUGGAGAUGGUCAAACAGAUGGUGGAGACGCAGAGUCCUGUGAGUGUGCUGUUUGCUUGUUGCAGGGACCCGGGCGGACCAAGAGCUGAGGGAUUACAAGCUCUGGCAAAAAAACACCCAGACAUCAUCAAAAUUAUGUGCAUGGAUGCUGCAGAUCCCAAGAGCAUCAAGCAGGCAGCUCAACAGGUGGCCUCCGUUGUUGGAAAGAGUGGUCUGAACGUCAUUAUAAACAAUGCAGCUAUAGCAAUUCGCAGCCCCUUUUUUGAGAGCACCCCAGAAGAGAUGCAAAACUGUUUCAACAUAAAUGCAAUUGGGCCUAUGGUUAUCACUCAAGAGUUUAUUUCUCUUCUUCGUGCUGCAGCAAAGGAUUCUGGGACACCAGGGAUGUCCUGUCGCAAAGCAGCUGUGAUCAACAUCUCCACUAUUGUUAGUUCAAAUGAACUUGCAAAAGAGUCGUACGAUAAAUGGAGCGUUCUGCCAUACCGUGUCAGUAAGGCAGCAAUGAACAUGAUGUCAGUUUGUGCAUCUGUGGAGCUCCAGAAAGAUGAGAUCCUUUGCAUGAUGCUGCACCCUGGCUGGGUUCGCACCGACUUGGGUGGACCGGAAGGGGAGCUAGACACUCAUGAGAGCGUUGAAGGAAUGUUCCGAGUAAUGAACUCUCUGACAGAGAAGCACUGCGGAGCGCUGCUGAAUUGGAAAGGCGAGACCGUCCCCUGGUAAAUUCAACGCUGUAGUUAAUAAACAACUGAAGACAAAUGUAAUCAAAAUGUUUUAAUUAACAUUCUCGUAAUUGUAACACAUUUUAAUCAAAAAUAAAAA